AGACGCCUCCCAACUACUGCUGAGGUCACAACGUAGAUAACCUAAGUAUCACCAUGUGGUCGAGGCUCAACCUGCGCACCGGGAUCCUGCUGACUGCCCUGUUCCUCAUGGCGAUUUACUCUCCUGCUGCUGCCACGCCCACUCCAGGCCAAGACUGCUGCCCCUACCAUCAUUGGUGUUGUGUACAGACGACAACACUCGAUCCCUGCGCUCUGAUUUUCCCCGACUGUCAGAGAAAUCCCUAUGAUAAAUGCUGUCGGCGACAUGGAUUAAAUGUGGCAUCACUGCAGUCAGCCUCCGUGCGUUUUGAUGCAGAAAUCGUCAGGGAAGAGAGUCCUUGCUUCUUCAAUAAUACUAGACUGAAAAGCCAGACACCAGUCCGUUGCGAUGGCCGGAGCAGCGACGGCGCCCCGGUGGCUCCGCAGGGCCUCCCCCGUCGAGGAGUACUUCGAAGAGGGACACAAAAAGAAGCUCAACAUCGUCAACUACACCAUCACGCUCAGUUCGACGUCCGCGCGUCUGUCGGGGAUCAUGGAGGAGGCCCUCGCACUACUCUACAGGUGACUGUCCUGGCACAACUUUGCAGGAAAGUGCCGGUGCUUCGGGUCUGCUUCGGCUGGCGCGACGACCAGCUCUGGCUCCGAGAGAUGGAUGAAUGCAAAGUGGAUUUUAAGGUGCUGAAGGACGACGCGUUGGACAAGCACCGGGCAGGGAUUAUGCAGCGCUUCGACACGGAGCGCGGCCCGCUGUGGCGAGUGGCGCUCGUGCCGGAGCACGAGGAGGCCGAGCGAGACCCCCAUGAGCAUAGCCCAGGCGAGGCAAAUCCCACUCACUCAGCCACGUGGGCGCGGCCGCUGAACGAAUUGCCGCGGCCGUUCGCCUACAAUUACUCCGUCCUGUUCUGCAUCCACCAUGGCAUCGCCGACGGCAUGACGAUCACGAGAAUCUGCGGUUUCCUCCGGGCGAUUCUAGACGACCUCUUGUCGGGUCGCCCCGUCGACGCAACGGAGCAGCUGGGCGAGCACGUUGCUUACGACACUGCCAUGGCGCUAUACGCGGCGGAGGAGCAAAAACUGAAGGACGACCCUUCUCUCCUGGCGAAGGCAAUGAAGGAGUUUGCGGAGGGCGAGAGGACGCGUCCGCUCCUCCUGGACGUCCUGCCACGACCCCAGGGCGGCGAGGCCACCACCGGCAGCAUCCCUCUGCGCCUCAGCGAGGACGAAACGAAGGGCCUCGUCAGCUGCUGCAAAAAGAUGAAAGUGUCUCUAAACAGCUACUUCACCACCGCCAUCAACGUCGCCCUCAUUGACUUCCUGGAGGACAUGGGCGUGAGGAAGGACGCCUACGAGUUCCGCGCGGGACACGACAUCAACCUGCGCCGCUACUACGGCGGAGACACGUCCCGCACCCUCGGCGUCCACCUGCCCACCUUCGGCUUUCGCUUCGUGUACAGAACGGCGGGCGACCUUUACCGCGAGUUCUGGGCGUCGACGAGGGCGUUCCACAAGAGGUUCCACGACGCGCUGCUCAAUGGGGAGCCACUGCGGGCGGUGGUGCUCCGGCAAAGGGACGCUUCCCAGUUCGACGACAUCAAGGGCUUCUACAGCGACCAGGGCGAACCGAACUAUUACUACACGAUCUCUAACCUCGCCGACGUGACGGAGGCGCUGUCGAAGAAGGGCGACAACGUGCAGAUCACGCAGAUGGACCGCUACGUGGCACUGAGGAACAAGAAGUGCUUCAUGUGUUUCAGCAUCCACACGUUCAGGGACCAAGUGACUGUCAACAUGCUCUACUCGACACACUACUUCAGCGAAGAAUAUGCGAUCCGGUUGGCUGACCUUGUACAUUCGAAUAUCAUCUCGAGGAUUGCGUUGGGCGAGAAACAGGCGUAGGGCCUUUUCUUGUGAAGAGCGAUGUUCACUUUCCCUUCACACACACACACACACACAUAUAUAUGUGUGUGCGUGUGCGUGUGUGUGUGUAUGUAUGGUUGUAUUUCAUGUACAAUAUCCGAUGUUCAAUAAAUGGAAGUUUUGCAAGUAGGGGACCGUGAAAACGCAUUGUUAUCAUAUAUCCAUUUCAAUAAAAGUACCUUCCUACUAA